CACUGCCGCUUUGUUGAGUUUUACUUCAUCUGUUGUUGAAACGCGUGAAGUUCCGUACUUUCGAGUUUUCCUGCUGUUUGACGCAUUAAAAAUGGGCGCUUGUAUGGCUUUGUGCUCUCUGGCAAGCUGCGCAUCUUGUCUGUGUGGCUCUGCUCCAUGCCUGAUAUCAGGAUGUUGCCCCUCCGCUUUCAACUCCACCAUCACUCGCCUGGCUUUCUCCUUCUUCCUACUGCUUGGCACCCUCGUGUCCAUCAUCAUGAUACUGCCUGGAAUGGAGACUCAUCUGGAACAGAUACCUGGAUUUUGUGAAAAAGGCAUGUCCAUACCUGGCUUUGAAGGAAAGGUAAAUUGUGAUGUUAUUGUUGGUUAUAAGUCUGUGUACAGGAUGUGUUUCGCUUUGGCCUGCUUUUUCUUCCUCUUCUCCAUCAUCAUGAUCCGAGUGCGCAGCAGCAAAGACCCACGGGCCUCCAUUCAGAACGGAUUCUGGUUCUUUAAGUUCCUAAUACUGGUUGGAAUAACUGUAGGAGCAUUCUUCAUCCCAGAUGGCACAUUUAACACCGUGUGGUACUAUUUUGGUGCAGUUGGCUCCUUUAUCUUCAUCCUGAUGCAGCUGAUUUUGCUGGUGGACUUUGCUCACACGUGGAACCAGAGUUGGGUGGAAAAGGCAGAGAAUGGUAACAGCAAGUGCUGGUAUGCAGCUCUGUUGUCCUUUACAUUUUUCCACUAUGCGUGCGCCUUUGCUGCGAUGGUGAUGUUUUACGUGUUCUACACACAGCCGGAUGACUGCACUGAACACAAAGUUUUCAUCAGCCUGAACUUUAUCUUCUGCAUCAUAGUGUCUGUCGUCUCAAUUCUCCCUAAAGUACAGGAAGCUCAGCCUGGCUCAGGUCUGCUGCAGUCCUCUCUCAUCUCUCUGUAUACCAUGUAUCUCACCUGGUCUGCUAUGAGCAACAACCCCAACCGGAAAUGUAACCCCAGCCUGCUACAGCUGGUCACCAACAACCCCACCACCACCACUGCCCCGACCCCCACCAUCCCCCCUGGGCAAGUCCAGUGGUGGGAUGCACAAGGAAUAGUGGGAUUGCUCCUCUUCCUCUUUUGCACACUGUAUGCCAGCAUCCGGUCGUCUAAUAACUCUCAGGUGAAUAAGUUGAUGCAGACGGAGGAGAGGCAGGAAUUGGCGGUGGACAAGGAUGCAGAAGUGGGGGAGGAUGGAGUGAAACGUGCUGUGGAUAAUGAAGAGGAUGGAGUGACCUACAGUUACUCUUUCUUCCACUUCUGCCUUAUCCUGGCUUCUCUUUACAUCAUGAUGAACCUAACCAACUGGUAUCAGCCUGACACAGAUUAUAAGUCGAUGCAGAGCACUAUGCCUGCAGUGUGGGUGAAGAUCAGCUCAAGCUGGCUGGCCUUGGCACUAUACCUCUGGACUCUUGUGGCUCCUCUGAUCCUCAGCAACCGAGACUUCAGCUAAACAGCAAAUUCUACCACAGGUUCUUGUCCAUUUGACCUUAUCCAUGUGGUUAAUUAAAACUAACACCUAGCAUCUUUCUUGCUUUUAACAAAAAAAUGUUUUUAGGAAGGAAAUUCAUAACUAUACUAUACCUGAAUCAAACAUAUAAUCUGAUCAUAAAAUGUACACUACAGGCCUACUUUUUGAUGAGAAUCAACUGACAGGGUCAUUUGGCUCAAUAUUAGCCGUAUUGUGAGAUUUCUUUCUAAGACAAUGAGAAAAUGCAUCCAAAGCAGAAUCCAAGGAAGUCAAAAUCAAUAAACUGAUUUCCUCCCUUGCCUCAAAUGUGCUGUCUAAUAUUCACUAUACUCUGAGUUGUUUAUUAUUCAAAUGUCUGUGAAGUGUUGAGAAAGACACUAAGCUUGUUAUUAUACAAAACAACCUGUAAUUAUAGCGUAUAUGAUAUGUAAGAGCUAAAACAAUCAUGCUGUAAACAGUGCAAGUUUUCAUUGUUUUCACUCUGCACAGUAAUGUCAAAUCAGACUUGCUGUAUGGUGUUGGUAAAAUCUUCCUCUGUUGAUUUUUAAGAGAUGUCUUUGUAGUAGUACACUUUGACCAAAGAAAAAGCAAGUGCUUUUAUACUGAACUUUUGACUUUGAAGGAACAGAAAUGUGUUUUAAACUGAUUUUACUUGUAUUUUGCACAUUUUGUCCUGCAGAAAAUAUUAUUAAAGCUUUUCACUGUGCAAUUUUUUUUUUCUUUUUUUCGGGAAAUGCACUGGGUUUCCUACAGUUGAGCUUCUGUUAGUUAAAUCAUACAUAUUAGGUGACCUGGGCUGUGUGUGUGUGUGCACGUGCCAGGAUAAUGAUGAAGUUGUAGCCAUGUAUGACUACACUACAGUAAGCUACACUAUAAUAGCAGGGUGUUUCCUUUCAUCUUUCGGUCUUUGUCACAUGACCAUCGCAGCCCAGUUCAGAAUCACAGAAAAUCCCUACUUACUCAUUCUCACUUACACGAAAACAUGAAAAUCUACUUGGCAAGAGCUGCUUUGGGGAAUGUGAUUUUCCCCCUCAUAAGCUUUGCAUGGGCUGGGGUGAACACAAGAACCACAUUCGUAGCACUGUACUCCUUAGGAGAGAUUAAGAGAGAGCAGGAAGACUGAUGAUCCCUUCUGGUACCUUUCUUUUUUUUUUUUUUUUUAAGUUCUGAUUGUAGUAGAGACUUUUCAAAUGUCUACUUUCUAGGUUCAUAUGGAACACAAAAUUUAUCUUAGAAUAGAGCAUGUGAUUAAAUUCAAACUGAUUUGAUACAUGCAGCCCUCGGUGUCUGACUAUACGAUAGUGACCAUUCAGUAUGUAACUCAAAAUUUAUUGUGUUUUUUUUUGUUUUUUUUUUAGAUGUCAAUUAUGAAAAAUGAUCAACAUGGAUCUUUGUAUUUGACACAUUUACUCAACCAGCAAGAGAAACCUGCUCUAAUAUAAAGCCUGUUUUACAUUGUGAUUCUGGUGGAUUUUUUUGUUUUUUAUUAUUAUUUGUCAGUCGGCAUCGCAAUCGCAGAAAUGAACGGCAAUUUGCAAUUUUAAAAAUUUCUUCAGAUUUGGGCCAAGAUGUGUCAUGUGACGUCAUCACAGCAUGCAUUCAGCCAAAGCCUCUUCGGUUCACAUGUGUCGAAUGUGAGUACAGCUAAAAAGGUCUCAUUUACCAACAAACAUUUUGUGCAAUUGCAAUUUCACCAAGAAGUUUUCCACAAAAAAAGCACAAAAAACUCAGCAAAUUCCAUCGUGUAUAUUAGAAGAAAAGCCGCAGCAAAAUCAAGCAUUUUUGCCAUCCUCAUAUUGGUGGUUUUUAAAUGACUGUCUUACCAGUGGUCUCACACGCUGAGAUUUUAAUUGAUAUUUUCUUGUUGACUGUCUUUAGUCGCAGUGCUAGUAAAUCUGCCAUCACAUUAUGCGUUCUAAGACGACCGAUCUCAAUUCCCGACCAAAGGCUGAAAAUUGUACAGUGUAAAGCGAGCUUGUGAGUGCCUAGACCUAUUCCAGUGUAGAAUGUAAUACAAUAAUGAAGCCACUGGGGGGAUACUGUAUGAUACUGUAGCAUCGUGUGCAAAACUGUUUUGAGUUGGCCUAAUGAUAAUAAAGCAGUUUUAAAGAGCACAAAACCCAGACCAUCCGAAUUCACUCGCACCCUUAUGGACGUCUUGCUUAGAUAACAAGAACUGGAACAGGGCCAUCAGAAUGAAUAUGGGAAAAGGUUUAAAUAAUGUUCAAUCAUAACACAACCUUUAAUAGGCUGACCGAUGAGCAACAGGUGGAAGAAAUCCCAUUGCAGACAGAACUUUGAAUGGUAGUGGCAGUGUGAGAGUAGUCAAAAGAGCAACACCUGAAACACUGGUAGUUUCACUCAAAAAAAUUAAAUAUAAGCAUAGUACAUGCAAACAGCAGCACACUGUUGAAGGACAUGAUUUUUUCUGAGUAGCAGUAAAAUAUGAGUAGCAAUUCCACAGUUUAGAGGCAGGUUAAAUUUAGCUAUUUUUAUUUUGCUUGGUUCAGAUUAAUGAUGAGGCAGCAACUGUGGUAGAGAGGAAGAUACAUUUAAAUCCACAAUUUUUUGCACAUUACUUGUUUGUAAUUUCAAUUGGUUGUUCUUGUAACAGGGAGUUAUCAUUAGAUUAGCACUAGAAGCAGGUGCGAAGAACAGGGGUUUGGGGCUGUGUGUGUGUGUUGAGGGGGUGGUUGACUGAAAUAAAGCUUGAUCCCCCCCCUGAAGGAUGUCAAAACAAGAGGGGCGGGGUCUGAAAUUUUCACAUACUACUAAGUUCUAAUAGUGAAAAAUAGUUUGCAUUGCUCAGUCUAUCUUAAAAGAAAAUGUAACUAAGUUUGACCACCCCAGAAAUGGGUCAUAUUUUUGUGAAUGCAUGAGCAUGCCCAGUAGGCUAAAUGCAGGAAAUACCAUGCAAUUGUGCACUCAAUCGUCCGAAUGCAAUGAAGGUACACAGAGAUACCCUUUCAAAAUGUUUGAAAGACACUUUUUCUUGGAAAAUAAAUGUUGUAAUCUAAAUAUAGUUGUAUCUCAAGCAUAAAUUUCCCACAAAGUUCAUCAAAAUUAAAUGUUUAUAGUGAAAUGAUUAAGAUGAAGUUUUAUUUUAUUACGUGUCUUGAGGUCACUUUAAGUCUUGAGUAUGAAUGAAGCAAGCUGAUAAAAUACAGUUAAUUAAUAGCAUACGACUGUGAAUUUGAACAAGUAAUUUACAACCAUAUAAAUGUAAAUUAGACCAUAUACGUUACUCACAGCAUGUAUCACAGCAAUAUAAUUUUAACUGGUGCCCAUUCUUGUGCAUGUGUAAGGCUCCACUCACUGGUCCAAUGACAGUAUCUAAUGACGUGGUAGGAUUCCCACGUGUUCCUGUCUUUUUGAAGUGAUGGGAAUAUAUUUAAAUUUGUCUUUCCAAUUCUGCUUGACUCUCUCUUAAAUUAUAUCUGACUCCAAUUGUAAAAACCUCAAUGUUGUAUUUAUUUCUUAGUUAUUCAUAUUUCGAUACUUUUGAUCUUCUAUACUUGAUUAAUUCUAAUUUAUUCUAUACAAAAAUUGUGCUCGUUCAUUUGGAUUGCAUGUCGAGUCUCGCGCCGGUCGUGUGCGUGGAUCUCAUGGUCACAAACUUGCCAGUCUUGGGCAUUAGCCAGAGGUAAUUGACUAAUACUAUUUAGAUGACCGUCCCAUGCUUACCCUUUCCUAAAUAGUACUUUAUUAGUCUCCUUAGAUAGUAACACUUAGUUAUAGCAACGUUAUCUCUAGUCAAAGGUCAUGACCACUAAAAUCUACAGAGACAGACCAAUAAUAUCUAAGUAAAAUUAGCUUUACAGUAUCUCACAAAAGUGAGUACACCCCUCACAUUUUUGUAAAUAUUUGAUUAUAACUUUUCAUGUGACAACACUGAAGAAAUGACACUUUGAUACAAUGUAAAGUAGUGAGUGUACAGCUUGUAUAACAGUGUAAAUUUGCUGUCCCCUCAAAAUAACUCAACACACAGCCAUUAAUGUCUUAACCGCUGGCAACAAAAGU